AUGGUGAAAACACAGUAUCGAAGUGUUAAGACUGGCAAAGUCAUCAAUCAAAUUCAAUUUGCUCCUUUUUCUUCACUUGAAAUGCAAAAAGAAGCACAUAUUCAUGUUGUCAGUAAAAAUUUGUAUUCUCAGGACGCUGCACGUACGCCAGCAGCAUUUGGUGUGCUCGAUCCGAAAUUGGGUGUCUGUGGUGGUAAACGUCAAUGUGAAACUUGUCAUCAAGAUGUAACCAAAUGCCUUGGUCAUUAUGGUUAUAUUGAUCUUCAAUUACCUGUAUUCCAUAUUGGAUUUUUUCGUUCUAUAACUGUUGUUUUACAAACAAUUUGUAAAAAAUGUUCACGUGUGAUGUUAAAUAAAGAAAUGAAACAAACGUUUCAAAGACAGUUGUGUCGACCGGUUUUAACUUACCUACAAAAGAAAUCACUAAGAAAACGUAUUCAUGAGAAAGCGAAGAAAACAACCAUCUGUCCAUAUUGUGGAGAAUUAAACGGUGCUGUACUCAAAUGUGCUCUUUUGAAAAUUGCACAUGAUAAAUACCGGACACAAAAACGUCAGCACAAUGCCCUGAAUGAAGUCAACGAACUAUUUCAUUCCGCUCGACAAGGAAAUGCUGAAGUUUCUACAUUAGUCAAUUCGUACACAGAAAUCCUCAAUCCUGUUCGAGUCUUAGAAUUAUUUGAACGUAUUCCAACAGAGGAUUUACCAUUACUUCUUAUUGAUGAAUCUACCAUUCAUCCGCGCGAUUUUAUUUUAUCAAGAGUCCUGGUUCCACCCAUCUGUAUUCGACCAACCGUUCAGUCUGACUUUCGCGCGGGAACAAACGAAGACGAUCUUACGAUAAAAUUGAGUGAAAUCAUAUUUUUAAACGACGUUAUUCAACGUAAUCGACUGAAUGGAGUUAAAAUGGAUAAACUUGUUGAACAAUGGGAUUUCUUACAAUUACAAUGUGCACUUUAUAUCAAUAGCAGCCUUUCGGGUAUUCCCGCGCAUAUGCAACCGAAAAAAUGGAUACGAUCGUUUGCACAGCGAUUGAAAGGCAAACAAGGUCGCUUUCGAGGAAAUUUAUCCGGUAAACGUGUAGAUUUCAGUGCUCGAACAGUUAUUUCUCCCGAUCCAAAUUUACGAAUCGACGAGGCGAGACACACGGUACCGAUCCAUGUAGCAAAGAUUAUGUCUUAUCCCGAAAUUGUCAAUAAAACAAACAUCGAAUUCAUCCGUCAACUCGUUCGUAAUGGGCCAGAUGUUCAUCCCGGUGCAAAUUUUAUUAUUAAUCCUAAGAACGAUCAUAAGAAAUUUCUCAAGUAUGGUGAUCGAAACGAUAUGGCUGCAAAAUUACGCUAUGGUGACAUUGUUGAACGACAUUUAAUUGAUGGCGACGUCGUUCUCUUCAAUCGGCAACCGUCCCUACAUCGUCUUUCAAUUAUGGCUUUGUAUGCCAAAGUGAUGCCUCAUCGAACAUUUCGUUUUAAUGAAUGUAUUUGUUCACCAUUCAAUGCUGAUUUCGACGGGGAUGAAAUGAAUUUACAUUUACCACAGACUGAAGAAGCAAAGGCCGAAGCGCUUGUAUUGAUGGGAACAAAAUCAAAUCUGGUCACACCACGUAAUGGAGAAAUGAUUAUCGGGUCAACACAAGAUUUUUUAACUGGUGCUUAUUUAUUGACACAACGUGACACCUUUUUUGAUCGAUCGAAAGCUUGUCAAUUGCUAACGUGGAUUUUGACGAAUAAAGAUGGCUUAGAAAAGAUCGAUUUACCACCACCAACCAUACUUAAACCUUGUCAACUAUGGUCAGGCAAACAAUUGUUCAAUGUGAUCCUUCAACUGAACAGUUCAUCGAAAGAUAUCAUUAAUUUACGAACGAAAGGAAAAGCUUAUUGCGGUAAAGGAGAGGAUCUAUGCGUCAAUGAUGGAUUUAUCGUCAUUCGCAACAGUCGACUUAUACUUGGUUGUGUUGAUAAAAGUGUGCUCGGUGCUAAUGGAAAAACCAAUGUAUUCUACAUGCUUUUACGAGAUUGUUCCGAGGCAGCAGCUGCAUUAGCUAUGGCACGUUUAGCUCGUUUAACUAGUUAUUAUUUAAUGAAUCGUGGGUUUUCCAUCGGUUUGAUUGAUGUUACGCCUGGUGAAAAUUUAAUGAAAGCUAAACGUUCAUUAGUCAGCGAAGGAUACGACAAAUGCAAUACUUAUAUUCGACAAUUACAAGAAGGAAAACUUCAGUUGCAACCUGGUUGUUCAGCUGAACAAACACUCGAAGCAUUGAUUUUGAAAGAACUCUCUGACGUUCGUGAGUCAGCUGGUAAACUGUGUUUACAAGAAUUACAACGUUCAAGUAACAGCCCGUUGAUUAUGGCUAUCUCGGGAUCUAAAGGAUCAAAUAUCAAUAUUUCUCAAAUGGUUGCUUGCGUCGGUCAACAGGCUAUUAGCGGUUCUCGAGUACCGAACGGUUUCGAAGAUCGUUCAUUACCACAUUUCGAAAAACAUUCUAAAAUUCCAGCUGCCAAAGGUUUCGUUGAAAAUAGUUUCUAUUCUGGUUUGACACCUACGGAAUUUUUCUUUCAUACCAUGGGCGGUCGAGAAGGUUUGGUUGAUACUGCUGUCAAAACUGCCGAAACUGGUUAUAUGCAACGUCGUUUAGUCAAAUGUUUAGAAGAUUUGUGCUGUCAGUACGAUAUGACUAUCCGAACUAGUACUAAUGAUAUUGUUCAAUUUACAUACGGUGGUGAUUCAUUAGAUCCGAUCUUUCUCGAAGGAAAAGAUAAACCGGUUGAGUACGAUCGAAUUUAUCAACAUAUCCGAGCGAAAUAUCGCUUCGAUAAUGAAUAUCCAUUGAGUGGAACAGAGAUGAGAACAUACGUUUGUCAAGAGCUGACUCAGAAUCAAUAUUCCAUCAUGGAACAAGAGUAUAAACAGCAGAUUGUGGACUUCAUCGACGGUGUGGCAACGACUAUCGAUCGAUAUCGACAACGCUAUCAUAUUGAUUCCACAAUUAUCAAAGAAGAUAAUCCUGAAGAGGAACCCGAACAGGAAACGAAGUCAACAACAACAAGAAAACGUGUAUCGACCGCAGCGGCCCGCUCGAAUAAGAAACCGCGUGCCCUUUCAAACGUUCUUCAUGAAAUUGAACGAUGCACGAAAUCUCAACUCUACGAAUUUCUACAAUUAUGUAAAUAUAAAUAUGGCCGAGCAAGACUUGAACCCGGAACAGCUGUCGGCGCACUAUGCGCCCAAAGUAUUGGUGAACCGGCAACACAAAUGACACUGAAAACUUUUCACUUUGCUGGUGUCGCAUCUAUGAAUAUCACUCUCGGUGUCCCACGUAUCAAAGAAAUUAUCAACGCUGUUAAAACUCCAUCAACUCCAUUGAUCACGGCUGCAUUAGACAAUGAAUACGAUCAAGAUUUUGCAAGGAAAGUCAAAGGUCGCAUCGAAAAAACCUAUCUCGGUCAAGUCUCACAAUACAUCGAAGAAGUGUACGAAAGCGACGCUUGCUAUCUCUCAAUCAAACUCGAUCUCGACCGUAUUCGUUUACUAAAACUUGAGAUAAAUCCCAUGUCAAUCAUCGAUUCGAUUGUUGCAGACAAGAAGAUGAAAAAAGUAAAAUACAAUCAAUUGUCAAUUGCUGGUUCGGAUCUGAUACAAUUGGAAGUAGCAGAUACACUAAAAGGAAACAUGUAUUACACAAUGAAACGUUACAAGGAAACUUUACCAAAUGUCGUUGUCAAAGGUAUAUCGACUGUGGAACGUGCUGUGAUAACAAUUGAUGAGAAAGAAGGAACGAAACAUAAGCUCUUUGUUGAAGGAGAAGGUAUGAGAGAUGUUAUGGGUACACAAGGCGUCAAUGCAAAUGAGACAACAUCGAAUAAUACGAUGGAAGUAUUUCGUUGUUUGGGCAUUGAAGCAGCACGAACAACAGUUAUCAAUGAAAUUGUUUAUACCAUGGCUUCACAUGGUAUUGGAUUAGAUGUUCGACAUGUCAUGCUUUUAGCAGAUCUAAUGACAUAUAAAGGUGAAGUCCUCGGUAUGACUCGAAAUGGUCUAGCUAAAAUGAAAGAAAGUGUCCUCAUGCUUGCUUCUUUUGAACGUACAAUUGAUCAUUUGUACGAUGCUGCGUAUCAUGGGCAAAAAGAUACAAUUUGCGGUGUAUCAGAGUGUAUUAUCAUGGGUAUACCAAUUCGUAUUGGUACUGGAGUCUUUCAAUUACUAUACAAACAUCCAAGUCGUGGAAGUUUAACACAGCGAGAGUUAUUGUUUGAUAAUCUUGACAUGCAUCAGCCAUUGAUUGUUUCUUGA